AUGUAUAUAGCAGUCCUAUCCAUAGCUUUGCUGGUUGGAUAUUCUACGACGCAAGACGCUAAUUGUGACUUUUAUGUAAAUGUCGUACCAGGCGUAACAAGCUACGUAUAUAGUCCAAAUUAUCCUUCCAGUUAUCCGCUGGGUGUAACCUGCAGAUGGCAAGCCACCUGCUCCAACAAUACGUAUUGUAGACUGGACUGUACUGAUAUCGAUUUACCAGAGACAACAGGAUGUAACGUGGACCGGCUUCUUAUCUCAAGAACGGGUGACCCUACGUUGACUCAAGCGGAAUAUUAUUGUGGAUAUGGAACUCUGACUGCCGAGUCCGUUGGUCAACGGAUUAGCAUAGGUCUAAUAACUUCGACAAAUAGUCCUGGGGGAAGAUUUUAUUGCGAACUGACAGCUGUUCAACGAACACCUCCAACGCCUCCGCCAACGCCGACGUGCACUUGUGGCUAUCAAAGAUUGGAUAGAAUCGUCGGGGGCGUAACAGCUAGACCCGGGGAGUUUCCAAUGAUGGCUGGUCUUAUAUACGUGAGUCAGAGACAAAUCAGAUGCGGUGCGACUAUCAUCGAUAGGAAGUACGUCCUUACAGCUGCCCAUUGUGUUAUUAACAGGACAGUUAACGAUUUGGGAGUGGUUGUCGGUGAAUUCGAUACCAGUACUGGAGCUGACUCGCCAGCGACACAGGUUUUCCCAGUUGCGUCGUACCUAACACAUCCGAUGUAUAGAGAAGCAAAUUACGAUUACGAUAUAGCGAUAGUUACAAUCGCUGGAGAGAUGGUGUACAGCGAAUACGUCGGUCCAGCGUGUUUGCCUUUUAAAUUCGGUAGCUACGACUUUGCUGGAACUCAAGUUACAGCUAUGGGUUGGGGUACCACUUCUCCUGGAGGUCCCACAUCAAAUGUGCUAAUGAAGGUGAAUCUAGAUGUGAUCAACCAAGGAACUUGCCAACUUCGGGUUCCUACGCUAACGUCGCGUCAAAUGUGCACUUACACGCGAGGAAGGGACGCUUGUCAGGACGACUCGGGUGGACCUCUCCUCUACAGAGACAGUGUUACCGGACUUCUAUUCCACGUGGGUAUUGUCAGCUAUGGCCGCUUUUGCGCCUCCGCCGACCCCGGCGUGAACACUCGCAUCACCGCUCUCCUCAACUGGAUCGUGACCAAUGCACCAGCUCAAUAUUGCGUGAAAUAAAUUCGUUUCAAAUGA